UAUACAUAACCUAAAAAAUAUUUUGUUUUUAUUUCUUACAUUUACAGAAUGUUAUCUGUUAUAAAUAUUUGCAAAAAUGUUCACAUACAUACAUUACUAGUUCAACAAAUAAGAUUCAAAUCCAAAACACAUUGGGCUAAAUUAAGAAAGAAAACUAGUCCAAAGUACAAGGCUCAGAACCACUUCGACGAGUUCUAUGGGUCUGUGUUCGGCGGGAAAUGGCCCCCGAUGAAGGAGGCGAUGCUGCGGCGCUCCAAGUAUGUGGCUGUCGUCAACAACUAUGGAGACGCUGAAGAAACUAUUGCAUUCCUCACUGAGAGAGGUGCCCACUGCCUCAGAGCCCUCAUGUCAGUACAGGAAGAGUUCCACAAGCAGUUCCCACCCACACCCACACACACAGACACACAGGCAGCCAGCGUGGAACAGUUCACAGCCAAAGUGCAGUCAGAUGACAUUUCCAGUAUAUACCCGCAGGAUAACCUGCCUGAGAAGCUUGAGCUGAGUGAUAUGACGAUUAGAAGUAGUGAGGAGGAGAAGGAAGUUGAGAAACAAACUGUAAAAAGCCAAACCCUAGAGGAAUCCCUGGCCAGUGCACAAAUGGACAUGUCCCGCAUCAUUGAUCCAUCGAUGGGGGUCACCUCUGAAGCCCUAUACCAGUAUGUGCCAGCCACACAGCUGAAGGGCAUGGAUGAAUGGGUCCCAGAGUCACUGCACUAUUCAUAUUAUUCUAAAGACACAGACUUCCCACUCGCAAUAGAACCUGAGACGGAAUUUAGUUUUCCCGAACACCUCAAAGUGUACACGUACGAAAUGGGCAGCGAGUGGAACAUGUUUCCUGAACCUAAGAGAUGUAAAACUAAUGUUUUAAACUACUACCCAAUGGACUGCGGAAGCGUGCUGGCGGUUCUAGCAUUAUGCUUAUCACCUGGCGACCGCGUGUUGGAUCUGUGCUCCGCACCUGGUGGCAAGGCCCUUGUGGCACUCCAGACAUUGUUGCCUGACGUUAUAGUGUGUAAUGACUCCUCUAUCUCAAGGACUAACAGGAUCGGGCGCAUAUUCCGCGACUACCUGAUCGACUUCGACACGAGCAACUCGUGGCGGGAGCGCGUGCUCAUCUCCACGCGCGACGGCCGGGACUUCACAGACGACCAAGGGUUUGAUAAGGUGUUGGUGGACGCUCCUUGCACGACAGACAGACGGACGAUCAACCAAGACGCUAACCUUGUCUACCGUCUAGGGAGGGUCAAAGACCGCCUCAGUUUACCAGACGUUCAGCCUUACUUGCUAACGAACGCCUUGAAGCUAGUCCGAGUAGGCGGUGCAGUAGUGUAUUCAACAUGUUCUCUCAGCCCCGUCCAGAACGACGGCGUUGUUCACAUGGCUCUCAAGCACGCCUUCGAAACUCAUGGGAUCAUAGCUACUGUCAAAGACCUAUCGGCGCCCUUCGCAAGCCUGGCAGGCACGCUAUCGCUAGCCGCGGGGUCUAUAGCGCCGCGUUACGGACAACUCGUCACGCCUACAAACGAUGCCAACUUCGGGCCUUCAUACAUCACCAGGCUAGUUCGUGUCAAGUAACUUAGUUAACCAAUUAGAUCAUAAAUGUUUUAAUAGACACUAGACAGUAGUUACGAGGUGUAUUUUAUUAGGGGCAGUAAUCGCAGAUCUUUUGACGCGACCCUUUGUGUCUACUGUCCAAAUGAUUCAAAUUCCUUUUAAUAUAUAUUUGUAUGAAAAACUCUUAUAAACCACUAAAAUACAUACAUAGCUUUAAAAAUAAAAUGAUAGAAGUCAAAACGGUAUUCCGGAACUAUGAUUUCGGCAUCUGAUGCUGUGUGGAUGGAGAUCUUUAAGGUCGAAAAUUAUAGAUAUAAAAGUGUUUUAGUUUGUAUUUAAGUAACUGUAAAUAUAGUAUAUUUGUGUUACACAUAAUUUUCGUUUCGUUAUUUCCGACUAACUUGCAAUAGGUAACUAAAAUGUCUGCGACUUCCUGUGUGCCUACCGCCUUAAUAAUAUGAAAUGUUUAGAGUAACCUUUAAUGACAUAUCUACUUAGGCAC